AUGGCACCAGAUCUCUUCGACGAUCUGCUGGAGCUCGAGAAUGAUUUCUAUCAACAAGGACAUGAGUCCGGAGUGGCCGACAGCAAAUAUGCUGGCAUGAUCGAAGGUAAGGUCUUUGGGAUUGAGAAAGGCUACGAAAAGGCCAUCGAACUCGGCAGAAUGCAUGGACGAGGCCUUGUUUGGCAAAGCAGAUUCCGGCCGUCGCAACGAGAAGUCCAAACGGGAACAAGCCAUCAACAAAGUCCUUUCGCAACGCCGAGGUCCAUCGCAUCAGGAAAAUUGGACGAAAACGUGGUGGCGCUCCCCCACCUUCCAGACAAUACGCGACUUCGGAAACAUGUCGAUAGCCUACAAUCUGCGUCUGAUGGCAUCACAGUGGCCAAAGACAACUCGGACGAAGCAGUAACGGACUUUGAUGACCGAAUUGCGAAGGCUAGUGCCAAAGCCAAGGUGAUUGCCAAUAUCGUUGGCGAAUCGCUAAAUCCUGCUGCUGUUACAAACGUCGGGAUCGAAGACGCAACAGGACUUCAAGCAAGACGUUGA